AUGUCCUCAUCACCUGACGCUUCCUCAAAGAUCUAUGUCUCCCAUCAAUCCGCGAAACACUUCACCGUCUCCCUCUUGACAGCCCACGGCGUCUCCCCAGCCCACGCUCAAACCAUAGCACACGCCCUCGUCGCCGCCGACCUCCGCGGCAUUGACACCCACGGCCUCAACCGUCUCCCCUCCUACAUCAAUCGCAUCCGGUCCGGCGUCCUCGACCCCCUCGCUUCCCCAGAAUUAAACCAGAUCACCCCCGUCGUAUCUCACAUCGACGGCCACAAUGCCUUUGGCUUUGUUUCCGCCCACUUGGGAAUGGAAUCGUGCAUCGCCAUGGCUAAGGAGUAUGGGAUCGGGAUGUGCGCCGUGAAACACUCCAAUCAUUUCGGCAUGGCGGCGUGGAUCGUGCAACAGGCCGUCGAUGCGGACAUGAUGAGUCUCGUGUUCACGAAUUCCUCUCCGGCGCUCCCGGUAUGGGGCGGGAGAGAGAAACUCAUGGGCGUGAGUCCGCUAGCGUGCGGUGCGCCUGGGGGUGAGGGACGGGAGCCGUUUGUGCUUGAUAUGGCGCCGAGUGUGGCGGCGAGAGGGAAGGUGUAUAAAGCACUUAGAAGAGGGGAGAAGAUCCCGCUGGGUUGGGCGUUGGAUGAGGAGGGGAAUGAGACGGAGGAUCCGGCGGAGGCGUUGAAAGGUGUGAUGUUACCUAUGGGAGGCCCGAAGGGGAGCGCGUUGGCGGUUAUGAUGGAUGUGUUUUCUGGGGUGUUGAGUGGGAGUGCGUUUGCGGGUGGUGUUACGAAUCCGUAUGAUGCGAGUAAAGCGGCUGAUGUUGGGCAUUUCUUGGUUGCGAUCAAGCCGGAUUUGUUUAUGGAUUUGGAGACGUUUAGGGAGAGGAUGGGUGUUCUGUAUGAGAAGGUGGUGGGGAGUAAGAGGAUGAAGGGGGUUGAGAGGAUUUGGUUUCCUGGAGAGAUUGAACAGGUGACUAGGAGGGAGAGGGAGAAGAAUGGAAUUCCGUAUGUUAAGGCUGAGAUUGAUGCGUUGAAUCGGGAGGCGGAGAGGGUUGGGUGUGGGAAGAUUGUGAUUAUGGGUAGUGUUCCGCGGGCUAAGUUGUGA